AUGCAACAGCAAGGAUAUCCUCCUCAAGGAUAUCCCCCUCCCCAGGGAUAUCCGCCUCAGGAUUAUAAUCAACAGCAGCAAUAUCCUCCCCAGGGAUACGGUCCACCUCCCAGUCAAGAGCAGCAGUAUGGCUACUCCCAGGCUCCACCUCCGCCUAAUAAUGGCGGCUACGGCGACGAGAAGGUCCCUUUCGAGCAAGCCUUCAAGAUCGAGCAGCCCAAGUACAACGACAUCUGGGCCGGCAUCCUGUUCGUGCUCACCAUGGCUGGCUACGUUGUCGUGUCAGGCAUUGCGAUCCAGGGCUACGCCGCUACUCGAAGCUCCAACGGCACCGGCAUCUACAACGGCAAUAGUAGCGAUAUCAGCAUCAACACCAACACUCUUCUGCUAUUUAUCUUCUGUCUCUGUGUCGCCAUUGUCUUCAGCUAUGGCUACGUCCUCCUCGCCCGAACUCUUCCCAAGCAACUCAUCUGGGCAACGGGCAUCCUGAACAUCGUCUGGGGCUUGGGAACUGCCAUCUACAUGCUUUACAGGAAAUACUAUGCCGGAGGCAUCGUGUUCCUGAUCUUUGUCGUCUUUCUUAUCUUCGCCUUCAUCUCGUGGAUCCCCCGAAUACCAUUUAGUGCGCUCAUGCUGCGUACCGCCAUCAACGUCGCCAACCACCACGGCCAUGUUUACAUGGUCAGUUUUGUUGGCGGCCUCGUGGGUGCAGCUUUCGCAGCCUGGUUCGCCGUCACUUUUACGGCCGUCUACGUCAAAUUCUCGCCCAGUAACGAUAAUCCAGCUUGCAGCACUGGAGCAAGUGGCUGCAGCUACGCCAAAGUCACUGGUCUCAUUGUAUUCAUCACGUUCUGCUCGUACUGGUUCUCUGAGUGGCUGAAAAACACGAUUCACACAACCGUCUCCGGUGUCUAUGGGUCUUGGUACUUCAACUCUCGCGCGUAUCCAACCGGAGUGACUCGUGGCGCGCUGAAGCGGUCUUUGACUUACAGCUUCGGGUCCAUCAGCCUGGGCAGUCUCAUUGUCGCCAUUGUGAAUUUCCUCAGGAUGCUGGCCCAGACGGCGCGUGAUCAGAGCGGACAGUCAGGAGACAUGAUCGCCUACAUUUUCUUCUGCGUUCUCAGCUGCCUCAUCUCUGUCCUCCAAUGGGUCAUCGAAUUUGUCAACCGAUAUGCCUUCUCCCAUAUUGCCCUCUACGGCCGUCCUUAUUUCCAAUCAGCCAAGGAUACCUGGAAGAUGAUCAAGGACCGUGGCAUUGAUGCACUCGUCAACGAAUGCCUCAUUGGGCCCGUCUUCUCGUUUGGCGCCACGUUCAUUGGUUUCGCCACUGCUCUGCUCGCAUUCUUGUACCUCGAAUUCACGAACCCGGCGUAUAACUCGAACGGCCAGUACACGGUGGUCAUUGUCGCCUUUGCGUUCCUCAUCGGCCUGCAGAUUUGCAACAUCUUCACCACCCCGCUAAGCAGCGGCAUCGACACCAUCUUCGUGGCUUCGGCCUGGGACCCCGAGGUGAUGAUCCGCGACCAUGGCGAUCUUUAUCACCAGAUGGUCCAGGUUUACCCACAUGUGCAGCAGGCUAUCCAUGCUUGA